AUGGUCAAGUUCUAUCCUUUCCUCUCCCCAGACCUCAGCGAAUGGUGCAUGUCACAACCCCUCUUCUACAUCGCCUCCGCCCCACGCUACGGAGACCACAUCAACAUAUCACCAAAAGGCCUUCCCUCCACCACCUUUUCUAUCCUAGAUCCGAAUAAAGCAGCCUACAUUGAUGCCACUGGUUCUGGUGCCGAGACAAUCGCUCAUUUAUACGAAAAUGGACGAUGUACCAUCAUGUUUUGUUCAUUUGAAAAGGUACCCAGAAUCUUGAGAUUGUUCUGCAAGGGAAGAGUAGUGGAGUUUUGGGACGAAGAGUUUGGAGUUUUGACGAGGCAAAUGGAGAUGGAGGUGCCGGUGGGUGCGAGGGCGGUGAUUGUGUUGGAUAUCUUCAAGAAAGGCCUCUUGGACCGCGAGACUCUCGGACACUGGGCUGGCAAAACAGUUUCUGACAACAAAAUGGUCGACUACCGCGCCAAGAACAAUGCAUACAGUCUGGACGAUCUUCCUGGCCUAAAAGCUGGAAGAAGGACGCGAGGCGAAUGGCUUUGGGUGGGUGAUGCAAAAGCUUACUUCACAAGCCUAUGGAACCAGAUGGACGCCAUGGUGAUUGGGUUCGUUCUAGCCUUUGUGCUCAUUGAUUUAUUGCACUUGGCUGGCAUAAGGAUCAACGGAGUGCUGGCGGACUGGAGAUGA